CUGUAACUGUAAAGGUUUAUUACAGCAAUAUUGUUUUGCUGCUUAUGACAUUCCAAGUAUAUUUUGCAUUUAGAGUGGAAAUGUGGGCGAGUGAGGAUGCCAGGUGUAAACGUGUAAAUGGUGUGUGUAGACCUUUAAUUCCCACAUGAUGUGUGCUAAUACCCCAGUCAGCUGACUCGGGACGCCAUUUUGUCAGCCUUUUCCUCCAUUGAGCGUCUGCCAGCUACCCCCGCACGCAGCACAGGACGCUCCGUCUGCGGCCUCAGCUUCAGCAGCCCCGGCUCCCUCGACAAGCUGCGGCUCCGGGGUACAUGAGAGACAGUCUCGCGGGUCGGUCGACGUCCCAACUAGGAGCCUCCGAGAGGCGCUUUUGGCCGCCAACGGGAGAGGAGCAGCCAUGGCAUUGAAGAUUGUCAAAGGGAGCAUCGAUCGGAUGUUCGAUAAAAACCUUCAGGAUUUAGUACGUGGCAUCAGGAACCACAAGGAAGAUGAGGCCAAGUACAUCUCCACCUGCAUCGAUGAGAUCAAGCAGGAGCUGAAGCAGGACAACAUCGCGGUCAAAGCCAAUGCAGUGUGCAAGCUGACCUACCUGCAGAUGCUAGGCUACGAUGUCAGCUGGGCGGCGUUCAACAUUGUUGAGGUCAUGAGCUCCUCCAAGUUCACCUACAAGAGGAUCGGCUACUUGGCAGCCUCGCAAUGCUUCCACGAGAGCACUGAUGUCAUCAUGCUGACAACUAAUCAAAUCCGAAAGGAUCUCAGCAGUCCCAACCAGUAUGACACCGGUGUUGCCCUCACUGGCCUCUCUUGCUUCGUCACCCCCGACCUGGCUCGGGACCUGGCCAAUGACAUCAUGACGCUGAUGUCUCACACUAAACCCUACAUCCGAAAGAAAGCGGUGCUCAUCAUGUACAAGGUCUUUCUCAAGUACCCCGAGUCCCUCCGCCCGGCUUUCCCUAGGCUAAAGGAGAAACUGGAGGACCCAGAUCCAGGCGUACAGUCAGCUGCAGUCAAUGUCAUCUGUGAGCUGGCCCGCAGGAAUCCCAAGAACUACCUGUCUCUGGCCCCGCUCUUCUUCAAGCUCAUGACCUCCUCUACCAACAACUGGGUUCUCAUUAAGAUCAUCAAGCUGUUUGGUGCACUGACUCCAUUGGAGCCACGUUUGGGGAAGAAGCUGAUUGAGCCACUUACAAACCUCAUUCACAGUACCUCGGCCAUGUCGUUGCUGUACGAGUGUGUGAACACGGUCAUUGCAGUGUUGAUUUCCUUGUCAUCUGGGAUGCCCAACCACAGUGCUAGCAUCCAGCUCUGUGUCCAGAAACUACGAAUCCUGAUCGAAGACUCUGACCAGAACUUGAAGUACCUGGGCCUUCUGGCCAUGUCCAAAAUCCUGAAGACCCACCCCAAGUCGGUGCAGAGUCACAAGGACCUGAUCCUCCAGUGUCUGGAUGACAAGGAUGAGUCCAUCCGCCUGAGAGCUUUGGACCUACUGUACGGCAUGGUAUCCAAGAAGAACUUGAUGGAGAUCGUGAAGAAGCUGAUGCUCCAUGUGGACAAAGCGGAGGGAACCACGUAUAGGGAUGAAUUGCUCACCAAGAUCAUUGACAUCUGUAGCCAGAGCAACUACCAGUACAUCACUAACUUUGAAUGGUACAUCAGCAUCCUGGUGGAGCUGACGCGAUUGGAGGGCACGAGGCACGGUCACCUCAUCGCCUCUCAGAUGCUUGAUGUUGCUAUUCGGGUGAAAGCCAUCCGAGUGUUUGCUGUGGCACAGAUGGCCACCCUGCUGGACAACGCCCACUUGCUGACCGGUAACAUGCAGAGGAACGGCAUCUGUGAGGUUCUGUACGCGGCGGCCUGGAUAUGCGGCGAGUUCUCUGAACACCUGGAGAACCCGUUGCAGACACUAGAGGCCAUGCUGCGGCCAAAGGUGGCCACCCUGCCGGGCCACAUCCAGGCCGUCUACGUGCAGAAUGCUGCCAAGCUGUUUGCCACCGUGCUGAGGAGCCAAGAGGGCAACACUGACAGCACGACUGCACAAGAAACCAGCCAGCUGAUGAUCGACCGACUGCCGCUUUUUGUCCAGAGCGCCAACCUGGAGGUGCAGGAGAGGGCGUCUUGCAUCCUGCAGCUGGUGAAGUACAUCCAGAAACUGCAGCAGAAAGAUGUGGAGGUAGCAGAGGAAGUGAUCGCGCUGUUUGCUGGAGAGCUCAACCCCGUGGCCCCCAAGGCACAGAAGAAAGUGCCUGUCCCUGAAGGCCUGGACUUGGACACCUGGAUCAACGAGCCUCCCUCUGAGAGCGAGUCUGAGGACGAGCAGCCCAAGGCCAUUUUUGCCAAGGAGGAGCCCAAACAUUCCCGUCCCAGACAUGCAGAGGUGGAUGAGAAGGAGCUGGCGAGGAGAAGAGAAGCCAGAAAACAAGAGCAAGCCAACAACCCCUUUUACAUCAAGGCCUCCCCCUCCUCUCACAAGGUGUACCAGGACACACCUGGAGUGGAGCACAUCCCAGUUGUUCAGAUUGAUCUCAGCGUGCCUCUCAAAGUACCAGGUCUGCCCAUGUCCGACCAGUAUGUCAAGCUGGAGGAGGAGCGUCGGCAGAAGGAGAGAGCUGAGAAGAAAAAGAAGGAGAAGAAAAAGAGGAAAGAGAAGCGCAGCGGACGAGGGAAGAAACAUGACUCGGGCCCGGAGAGCGAGGAAGACAUCACGCCUGCGCACAUGGUGGAUAUCGUUACCGAGGAGAUGCCAGAGAAUGCCUUACCCAGUGAUGAGGAUGACAAGGAUCCCAACGACCCCCACAAAGCCCUGGACAUUGACCUGGACAACUUGCUGGAAAUGUCUGGGCGCAGGCCUCUUGCAGACAGCGAGAAGCUGCCGGUGAGGUCCCACCGUGCGACGGAAUGUCUGAAAAGCCCAGAUGGAGAUGCAGAAGGCACCUCGCAGGAAGCCAAGAAGAAAAUCGGCAAGGAGAAGAAGGACAAAGUCCGGGAGAAGAAGAAGAGCAAAGAGGAGAAAAAGAAGAAGAAACACAAACAUGAGGACAAGGGGGUGGAUCUUCUUGGCAGUCAGUCAGAUGACGCUGUCAUCCAAUCUGAAGGACCCUGUGAGGUGGGGGCUCCUCCCACUUCCAGUGCCGCCGAGGUUUCCCAGCUGGAUUUCUGGCUCUCAAACGCUCCAGCGCCCUCUCAUGCCCAGGAAGCAGCAGCCCCUCUCCCCCAGGCAGCCUCUGGAACGCCGCCCCACUCUGAGCCCGAUGAGCCCAAAGACGUGGAGAUGGAGACGGAGGAGGCUAACUCCUCCAAACACAAGAAGAAGAAGCAGAAGAAAGAGAAGGAGGACAAGGAGAGGAAGAAGAAGAAGAAGAAGCAUCAUCACCAUCACCACCAUAGCGAUGGAGGUGGAGAAGGCUCGGUGCAGAAUGGCACCGUGGAGGAAGAAGAACCUCUACCGCCCAUGUCCAAUUACUGCCUCCUGGCUGAGAACUCCUACAUCAAGAUGGUGUGUGACAUCCAGGGAAACCUGCAAGAUGGCAGUCAGGUGGUGGUGUCGGUCAUCUUCGAGAACAAGUGCGAGAGCUUCCUCAAAUCGAUGGAGUUCAACGUCCUGGACUCGCUCAACUCCAAGCUGCAGAGGCCAGAGGGGGCGGGUCCACACGACAGCCUCACUGUCCCGUUCCAGCUUCCACCUGGGGUGUCCAAUGAAGCACGCUUUGUGUUCAGCGUGCAGAGCAUCAUCAUGCCACAGAAACUGAAGGGAACACUCACUUUCAUUGUCAAGAAUGAGGAAUCAUCGACUCAUGAGAAACUGGACUUCAAACUGCACUUUACUUGCACCUCCUACCUGAUCACCACCCCAUGCUACAGCGAUGCCUUUGCAAAGCUGCUGGAGUCCGGCGACCUGAAGGGCAGCUCAGUCCGACUGGAAGGAGUCAACAUGCCCUUCCACCAUCUUCUGGCCAGGAUCUGCUUCCAUCACCACUUCUCUGUUGUGGAGAGGAUCGACUCGUGCGCCUCCAUGUACAGCAGGUCUGUCCAGGGUCAUCAUGUCUGUCUGCUCGUCAAAACCUCCGGUCAGACCGUGUCCAUCGACGCCAAAUGUGACGAGUCCACGCUGCUGGGGAACGUGCUGGACGAGAUCAAGCAGACCUUCUCUCAGUGCUGAUUGUGUCCGGGGUCGACCCCAUCCACCCCCCCCACCAACCAUCUCACUGAAACGCAUCAUGAUCACAACGCUUCCAGCGUGGCCCUAUUUAUUCUUCUUGAAAUGUCUCCUCCUCUCUCCCUGGUGGCUUCUUUCCUGCUAUGCACCCUUCUCAUCCUCUGCUCUACUCUUGGAUGGCAGUCUGUGGCAUCAUGUGACCUCAUGUUGACGUCACGUGACAUCAUGUUAACAUCAUGUUAACAUCAUGUUAACAUCAUGUGGCAUCACGUGGACAUCAUGUUGACAACUGGACUUUUGCUGAUGAUUGCUGAUAUUGUGUUUUUACUCUUUUCAACACUUUUGGUUUGUAUUGGGGUUUUUUUGUCUGUGCCGUGUGUGUGUUUGCGUGUGUUUGGGCCUUGGAAGCAUGUCUCUUUGUCAGACUCCAAAACAAAGGGCAGCCCCCCACCCCCAGAGCAUUGAAGCUAACUUCCUGCAGGAGACUGUGUUGCUAUGAAGGUGUGAAGAUAAAAGUCUGACAUCCAUCCUUCUCUGACAACAGACCCCACCAGCCCUCGCCACAAACUCUCUGUAGCCUAGCUCACUAACGGAUGUGCAGGGCUUUUUGCCUGUGGGAUAUUUAUAUAUAUAUUUUCCCCAAAUUGUUUUUUGUGGAGAACAGCGUGGUGGUAAAAUCAGGUUGGUUUCGGUGAUAUCAAUCCCAUACUUCGUGCAAACGCUCCUAAUGUGUCUGCUACAUUUUCAGAAGCAUACAGUAUCUGAAAUCAGAGGAUAAAGAAUAAAAGACAUCAUGCAGAAGAAACACAGGAGAUGAUCGUAGACGGUAGAUGAUAAUUAUCACACUGAUAUGAUGACAUCAUACCAGUAACAUUAAAGGCAGCUCCAAUAACUAAAAAAAACACCCCAAUGAGGUGAGAUUACCUUUACUGUGCAGGUGAGCAAAUCAGGUGCUCCUUUUUCUCCUGCCUGUGACUUCCCUUGAGCUCACUUGGAAACAAACUUUCACUUUCCGAGGAAUUAACUUUCCGAGGAAGGAUGUCGUACCAACUACUCUACGAUGAGGCAAAAGAAACCAUUGAGCACACCAAGAACCUGAAACACAAGCGCCAUGGUGUUUGAAAAUGGUCACAGCAGCUGCUCGGAGCGUGUGCCCCGAUACAGUGCACCUUGCUGGGCCACAGCAGGUGGCUCCUCCCCCUGUAUCCUCUGCUCCUCAUGGUCGUAGUCAUUCAUGAUAGUUCACUAGGACUCAUCCAUCCAAUCCUCAUUUCUUCCUGUCCUCCUUACCUCCAGGGGUGCACCAACUACACUUAGAUAUUACAAAAGGUUCUGGUUUAUCUGUAUGAUGUCAGUCUUGGAAAAAGCCAUGACACAUCUCUAAGAGCUGGAAUUGGAAGUAUGGAUAUUAGCGCAUCAAGUCUGCAAGUGCAGCGUUCAGAAAAGUGGUCAUUUUCCCUAAACCUUACCACUUGAGAAAGGUAUGAGACUGACUACGGACCAUGCAUGAAGGACGUUUGUCAUUCUGUCUUGCAAUUGAACAAAGCAAGCGCCUGUCGAGCCGUAGGAGCCCAUGCUGUACGACCGCUUGUGACACGUAACACAAUAUCCCAGUUUAUCCAUUGAGACACUUCAGCUCACAGACAAUCGAUUUCCUUGGCUAGCAUAUGAAAGUAAUCAAGUGUACAGCUAGGAUAGCAGUACUUCCUGUGCACUGCAAAAGGGUCAACAGCAUUAUUAGCCAUUGUUGUGUAAAUAUAUACUCAUGAUCAUCACGCACCGCCUUGAUGAUCUUAGGCAUGGAAGUGAGCUAAGCUGCUCUGGAAUCCUCCACCUUCCAUCCUUCCUUGUUUCCUUCCGCUUGAGCAUGCCCCACGGGCGCUGGCCCAUUCUUCACAAUGUCCCAGUCUUGUGAACCGCAGUGCCGUCAGCACUCAUGCAGCCCCAGACUUGAUUGAGACAAUUAUCUUUCUGCUCACACUUUUACUGCCAAGUAUUUACACAGUCGUGUCUAUCGCUCUCCAGUCUAUAGGUACAGAGAGUUUCUGCAUGAGGACAUCCCAGUGGGACUGUUGCCGGCGUUGCCUAAGAGUCAUUAUCAGUAUUCAUGGAUCAUGUGAGAGCUUUGUUGCACCUCAUAUGUCACAUGUACCCGAGUGUGAACGGUACGCUUCCCAUCCCCCCCCCAACGCAACUCAGGCUGCUACAGUCCAAUGUCCAAUCCGCCUGUGUCAUCAGAAGGCCCCCACUGAUGUAGACCACACUUACUCUUACCAUCUGAACAUGAUUUUAAAGCGUGCUCCUGUCAGUGUCCCACCCAGUGAUGGGCUAUGCCGAGGUGGGGGUGCAGCAGAUUAGUGAAGGGUGACUAGACGGGGAGAGCCUGUGAAGAUGUUUGUGGCCUGAAAGUCAGUAGCCGUUCCAUGACUUUGUCAACUCCAUCGGCCGUAACCAUGGGAAUGUCAAACAAACCCAAUGUUUCCCGUUCCAUCCCAUGGCUUAUCUGUCAUUGGCACCUGCUCCUACUCAUCUUUUCUUUCCAUUUUGUAUACCACAUGAUUUGAAUGUACUUUUUUAUGAAACUUUGUCUUUCUUUUCCACACAUUCCAUCUUGUCCUUUUUUUCUUGAUUUUGAUGGCCUGUGUUUUUAGCCAUUCCAAGACAAAACACAUGAAUAUUCUUGGACGGUGUCAGCGAUGAACCAAGGGAUGGAGAGGACGCUGAGAGCUUUGGGGGGUUAGGGGCUUCGUGAUACAGAAGGUCAUAAUCCAGGUUGAGUUGUAGUUUUAUUUUGGAAUAAAGGUUUGGCUUGUGACGUGGACAUAUACUCUCAACAUUGAUGGAUUUCCAAAGGUCCUGUGUCUGUAUUUGUUUCUCCAUAUUAUCCCGCUGUAAAAUGUCAUAUGUUUCAAAAAGGGGGCUUGAAUUGCAUUCACUCCCUCCAGAUAUCCAACUUCAAAGUGAAAAUAAAAGCUGUAAGAUGC